AACUCGGCUCGAAAAUCUCUCCUGGAAAAUUCGGAGAAGCGGAAUCCACCAAGGAGUGGGCCCCUGAGGCCGUGCUGCGCUUGCUCGUACUGUGACCUCAGUUUGAGGUGACGGCGGGAGCGGAGGCUGGGCACCCCUUCAAAAGCCGAGGGACCCGCCGAGGCUCUGUCGCCGGAGAGGGAAGGCCCAGCUGCCGUCGGACAGAGCCCAGACUAGCUGAUUCCUGGCCAAGGAGAAGGACAAGGAAUACUUCUGCUGGGGCUGAGUGGCCUUAGGUCCAGCCUGAGGGUCCCAGGAUGCCCCUGCCCACAUCUAGUGAGCAAGAGAGCCUGAAGAGUGACCUGGAACCAUCACUAAAGCCUGGCAUGGAUGUUGUCCCAGCAGUCCCUAGAAACCCCAGGAAAUUCUCCAAACUGGUCCUACUCACAGCCUCCAAAGACAGCACCAAGGUGGCUGGAGCCAAGCGCAAGGGGGUGCACUGUGUCAUGUCCCUGGGGGCACCAGGCCCUGCCACCUUGGCCAAGGCCCUCCUCAAGACCCACCCAGAGGCUGAACGGGCUAUCAAGGCAGCCCCCCAGGAGCCUGAGCCAAAACACAGCAAGCUGGACCCAGAUGCAGACGGCAAGGAAGACUGCAGAUUAACAGGGGCAGCACCCGUGGGGCACAGGGAAGAUUCCACUGCAGCGCCCAGCAGUUCCCUGUAACCUUAGCAACUAGGGGAGCCAAGUGCUAGCUGCAUCUGACUGGGCUGAGGGUUCUGCUGACCACAGGGCUUCCCCAGACCCUUCAUUAACAGGUUCUUCACACUCAACCGUGUGCGUGUGUGUGUGUGUGUGUGUAUUGUUUGGUUUGGUUUGGUGAUACUGGGGAUCUAACUCAGGACCUUGCACUUUCAAGGCAGGUGCGAUACCACUGAGCUGAAUCCCUGGCCCUAUAUAUAAUUUUAGAUCAAAUGUAAGUUAGUUACUUUUGUAACCAGAAAAAAAAAUUCAAAAGAAUAAAAGCUUGUAUGGUAUUUUCCAUCAUAGAUAGACAGGUUUAAACGUUCCAGGAAGCUGGACAUGGUGGUGUAAGCCUGUAAUCCCAGCACUCAGAGGCUAAGGCAGAAGGAUUGCCAUGAGUUCGAGGCCAGCCUGGGCUACAUAGUGAGUUCAAGGGCAGCCUGAACUCUGUCUCAAAACUCUGUCUCGGGCCAGGGAUUUAGCUAAGUGGUUCCGCUGCCUGCCUUGCAGGUGCAAGGUCCUGAGUUCAAUCCCCCAUACAAAAAAAAAAAGUCUCAAAAGUAAGACCCUGUCUCAAAACAAAAACAUUCCAGGAGACCUGGCUCCAACUUCACUACUCUGAGGCCCUUCAUCAGAGCUACUGGUAUGGGCCAUGACUCUCCUGGGGUUGCCAACCCCCAGACCUCACUGCCCUGGGCCCCCUCACCCUGCAAAACCAGCCACUGACCAUAAGAUGAGUUCCUGAAGUUCCCCUCCUGGAGCCCUUGGCCUGAAAGAAGGGACAGCUCUGCCCUGGGCCUCAGUCCUUGGCCACUGCCUGAUCCUUCCUUCCAAGGGUCUGUUCCCAGGAGGCCUCAGACUCCCUCUUGCUUAGUUCUCCCAGGAUGCCCCUGGGUCACUGCCUCCCUGGCCUUCUCCAGGAAGCUUUCCAGGCUGAUGGCUCCCGGGCCCAAAGCCCCCUACUGAAAAUGGUGGCUCCAGGAUGUUCUGAGGAAGGGGUGAGCCUGCAGCUCACAGUGGUCUGCAGAGGAUCCUGGCAUAAGGACAAAGAAGACCCUCAGCUUUUUUCCAGGAGGUCUGGAGGCUCUGGAGAUUCUGAGGAACCCAAGCCCUCCCAGGCCCACAGAUGCUGCCUCUAUUGGAGAGGAGGCAAUGGCAAUGGUCAUCUUCCUCCAGUCCCUUCACCUCAUGGCCCUUAUUCUUUGAAAACUGCCUCUGAAAAUAAAGAAUAAAGAAAACAAAGAAAAAAGAUUU